AUGGCGGAUGAGAGUGCGGCCGAACUGCCGCCAGGAGCACCGCCACCAAACCCAAACAGCGGAAACGCGGCCGAGGCUGUAGCCGUGGCUACGACGAGCCUUUCAGCAAGCGUUGAAGCGGAAAGGGUGCCUCCCGGACCUUCCGCGGUGGGGGAAACCAUAUCCGCCGCAGGCAAUCAGCCCGCGGGGCAAGCGCACGAUUCAGCGACUCAAUUUUCUUCCGCCGGAGAAGGCACAGGCGGAAGCUCCGCGGCUCUUCCUUCCGCCGGUUCCUCAGUUUCCGGGCCGCCGCCGGUCGGUGCUGCGGAGGAUGAGGAGCUGUCCGCCGCCGACGUGCAUUACUUCGCGGAAACGCUCCGCCAAUGGCACGGCCGGACGGACACGCCGCGCUGCCCCGCCGCGGGGACGUUCCGCCGACACACCGUCGGCGGGAAACCGCGCGGCGGCGUCCCCCUGCUGAUGUCCGCCCCGGCCGGGGGAAGCGCCGCCAUGCGCGGCGCAGCGGCGACGUUCGGGGGCCUUGCGGCGGGGGCGGCGGCGGGGGAGAAGAAGCAGAAGAAGGAAGAGGAGCAGCCGCUGUUAGCGCAAGGCGGCGCGGCGGAGGCGGGCAGCGGGGGGGCGGCUGGCGCAGGCGCAGGCGCAGCGGCGGGGGAAGCCGCGGAAGGCGCGGCGGAGUUCGACUACGGGAAGCUGCGCGGGGUGCUGACGGGGCUAGCGAAAGACGUGCUGGUAGAGCUUUGGAUAGAGCAGCACGUGCGGCUGGUGGAAGUGGGGGAACGAGAAGCCGCCGCGGAGGCUUACCGGGGCAUCAUGGAGCGCGCGCAGCAGCUGCAGCGCGUGUCGUUCCGCGUGCCGUCCAAGAGGGAGGGGUUGACCGGCAUUGACCUGCUGCUGCGCGACGGGCUGCUGACGUUCCUGGUCAAACUCAGUCAAUACCUUCCGCCCAUGCCCGAACAGGUGGUGAAGCUACACGAUGUGACCUACACAGCCAAGAUCCAGCGCAAGCAGGAGGGGUACGAGACGGUGGGGUCGAAGCUUCUCGGCUGCUUCCUGCCGUGCGCCUCACCGCCUGCCCCCUGGGAGGAUUUCAACGUGCUCUCAGACCUCUCUGCUUACUUCAUGCCCGGCUCGCUCACUCUCAUCUGCGGCCCGCCCGGAUGCGGAAAAUCCGCCUUCCACAAGACCAUCGCAGGGCGCCUCCCAGAGACCAAGUCCCUGCGCCUGUCCGGCGAAGUAACGUACAACGGGAGGCCGUGGCGGGAGGUGCAGGUGCGGCGCAUGACGGCGUUUGUGGGGCAGACGGACGAGCACAUCCCCACGCUCACAGUCAUGGAGACGUGCAAGUUCGCUCAGGAGUGCGGCCGACUCAUCACUCCCAAGGAUUAUGAGCCCCUGCAGGGGCUUAUGGAGAUGAUCCGUACGGAGCUGGGCGGCAUGGACUUGAAGCUGGAGUUCACGCUUCACCUGCUGGGGCUCAAGGGAGCGGCCGACACCAUCGUGGGCAGCCGCACCGUGCGGGGCGUGAGUGGAGGGGAGCGGCACCGCGUGACAACCGCUGAGAUGAUGUCGGGCAUGUUUGUGGUGAUGGCAUUUGACGAGAUCAGCACGGGGCUGGACAGCAGUGCGACGUACGACAUAGUGUCGGCCAUUCGCACCAUUGCCCGCGUGCGCCGCACCACCAACGCCUUCUCUCUGCUGCAGCCGCCGCCCGAAGUGUUCAACCUCUUUGACAGGGUGAUAGUGCUGAGCGAGGGCAGUAUCAUCUACCAGGGUCCACAGGCUGAUGUGCUGACUUACUUUGAAGGGCUGGGGUACCGCAAGCCUCCCCAUGUGGACGUGGCGGAUUUUAUUCAGGAGAUUCCAACAGAGUCAGGUGUGGAAUUUGUGGCACCUGGCGCCGCCCACCUGAGCACGGCGCAGCUGGUGGAGGCAUACCAUCACUCGGCGCACUACAGGGAUGUGAUGCGCGUGGUGCAGGGGGAGAAGGUGUGCAAGUCCGUGUGGGUGGAGGUGCAGCCGCCUAUCGACCUGACCUUCUCCGUGUCAGGGGACUCAGUUGUGGUGGCCAGCGUGGCACCGCACUCCCACCUCGCGCGCCCAGACAUCAACUGCACUGAUACCGUGCAACCAGGGGACUCUGUCACAGGCCUGGCCCUCCCCGGAGGGAUCAUGCAGUAUGCUAAGCCAGGGGGGGGCGGAGGAGGAGGGGAGGAGGGAGGAGCGGAGGGUGGGGAGCAGGAGGGAUUGGUGAGUGCGGGGGAGCUGCAGAAGAAGUUGUUGGUUGCGGCGAGUGGGAAGGGCGGAGGCGGGAAGGAGGGGGAGGGGGAAGGGGAUGGAGGGGGUGCUGUGCGGCUGCAGCUGGAGCGACCGUUGGUGCAGGUGGGUGGGAUGCGGUUGGAGGGGUCUGAGGAGGAGCCGUCGCACGCCAAGUUUGAGCAGGAGUAUGCCAUCCCCUGGUGGCCCAGCACGAAGCUGGUGGUGGGGCGGCAGUUCAAGGUCGCCAUCCGCAACACCUCCUUCCUCAUCGCACGCGGCAUGCAGGUGCUCAUCCUGGGCAUAUUCACAGGAACGGUCUUCUUCCAGAUCCCCAACACCGUCUCCACGGCCACCAUGCAGCUGCGCCUCUCCAUCGCCUUUGCUGCCACCAUGGCCCUCGCACUGGGCGGCUUUGCACUCAUCCCCAACAUCAUAGACGAGCGGCAGGUGGUGGAGAAGCAGCUGGGGGCGAGGUUCUACCACUCCACGUCCUACGUCAUUGCCAGUACCAUCUGCAACUUCCCCUUCUCGCUCGCUGAGGUGCUGAUAUACGGACCACUCGUGUACUGGCUGACGGGCAUGAGUGCGGCGGACAACGGAGCGCACUUCUUCCUCUUCAUGCUGCUGCUGCUCGCAGUCGACGUCAUGGGCGCCACGCUCAUCCGCCUCAUCGCCUCCAUCAGCUCGUCACGCGAGAUGGCCUCCAGCCUUGCAGGUCUCAUGGUCAUCACCUUCCUGCUCUUCACGGGCUUCCUGCUCACGAAGCCCAACAUCCCCCCCUGGUGGAUCUGGAUGUAUUACAUCAACCCGCUGCAGUACGGAGUCACGGCCAUCUGCAUCAACGAGUUCCUCUCCGGCUCUUACAACGAGCUCUGCAGCACAGUCAACACCACCACCGCAUCUUUCUGCAUCAACAAGCCUGCAGGCACAACAGCAGGAGAGGCCUUCCUUCAGUUCUUCGGCAUGCCUUCUUCCUUUGGAGCUGUCUGGUUCUCCUUUGCAGCCCUCAUAGGCUUCACUGCGCUCUUCAUCUCCCUCACCUUCCUCGCUGCUUCCCGCAUUCGCUUCAACGAGAAUAAGACGCCGCCUGCCAGCCGCCUGCCGCCCCUGCCGCCCCAGAAGAACGUGUUCCAGAAGGCUGUCCGGGCGGUAAAGAAGCAGAUGUCUGCAGAGGGGGAGGCGGGCAAGGGGGGGGAGGAGGAGGGGAGUGGGGAGGGAGAGGCGGAGGAAGCACAGGCAAUGAUCGAGAGGGAUGGUGCUGGUGCUGCUGGUGCUGCUGCUGCUGGUGCUGGUGCUGGUGCUGGUGCUGGUGCUGCUGAUGGCAGUCGUGUUGAGGAUGGUGCAGAGGAGGAUGGAGGGAGCAAGGCGGCCCCUCAGUCUCGAGUGCAGUUCACCCCCACCACUCUUUCCUUUCACGAUCUGCUCUAUGAGGUGGACGUGCCAGGCAUGAGCGAGCCCAAGGUGCUGCUCAACAGCAUCUCUGGCUUUGUUUGCCCCGGCACCAUGACUGCGCUCAUGGGCUCCUCUGGUGCGGGCAAGACAACCCUGUUGGACGUGCUGGCAGGGCGCAAGACCAUCGGGCGCACUAGAGGCGACAUUCUCGUCAACUCCUUCCCCAAAGUGCAGGACACGUUUGCGCGCAUCUCCGGCUACGUGGAGCAGAGUGACAUCCACACGCCUUUCAUCACCAUCCGCGAGUCGCUGCAGUUCAGUGCUUCUCUCCGCCUGCCCGCCACCACCUCGCGCGCUGAAAGGGCACUGGUGGUGCAGGAGGCCAUGGACCUGCUAGAGCUGCACGACAUAGCGGACACCCUAGUGGGAUUCAUAGGCAUCAACGGGCUGUCUGUGGAGCAGGCGAAGCGGCUGACGAUAGGCGUGGAGCUGGUGGCGAACCCCAGCGUGCUGUUCCUGGAUGAACCCACCAGCGGGCUGGACAGCCGCGCUGCUGACAUUGUCGUUCGGGGUAUCAGGAACAUUGCUGCCACUGGCAGGAGCACGAUCUGCACCAUCCACCAGCCGAGCCGCCGGCUCUUCUUUGCGUUUGACUGGCUGUACCUCAUGAAGCGCGGGGGCGAGGUGGUUUACUUCGGCCCCAUCGGCCACAACGGAUGCGACCUCCUGAACUACUUUGAGUCUCUACCAGGGCUGCCCAAGUGCCGAGAUGACCAGAACCCUGCCACCUAUAUGUUGGAGAUGAUAGGGGCGGGCAUCGGUCACGCGGCCAUGCGUGACUUUGCUCUCGACUACGCUGAAAGCUUGCUUGCUGCUGACAACCAGGAGCAACUGGACGCGAUCCGGUUCGGCAGGGGCGAGUACGGGCCAGAGCCCACAGUGAAGGGGUAUGCAGCGUCGUGGGGCACGAUGACGCGUGUGGUGUUCCUGCGCCAGGUCCGCACGUACUGGCGCAACGUGUCCUACAGCUUUGGCCGCAUCAUGUUCUCCAUCAUCCUCGGCCUCAUUCUCGGCAGCGCCUUCUGGCAGAUCAACUACACCACGACGCCUGGCUUUUACUCCCGCCAGGGUCUCAUCUAUGUGGCUCUCGUGUUCGUGGCCGUGGUUAAUGCCAACAACGUCAUCCCGCAGGUGAACGCGGAGCGGCCAGUGUACUACCGGGAAAAGGCGUCCAACAUGUACUCUGCAUUCCUCUACAACCUGUCGUGGGGACUCAUUGAGAUGCCCUACCUCGCGCUCACGACGCUCAUCUUCUGCAGCAUCUGCUUCGGCAUGGCGGGAGUGUCAACGCACAGUGCAGAGGACUUCUUUCUGUUCUGGCUCAACUUCUUCCUCUACUCCUCCUGCAUCACCUACUACGGCAUCUUCAUGGCCAUGCUCACACCCAACGCCGAGACGGCCACUGUGAUCAUCCCUGUGAUAGUCAACAUCUGGAACAUCACAUCCGGCUUCAUGAUCCCCAAGACCGAAAUCCCCAGCUUCUGGGUGUGGCUCUACUACCUCAACCCCACCCAGUUCGCCCUCAACUCCCUUCUCUCCAUCGCCUUUUACUGCGACACCACCACUCCCGGCGGCCCCUGCUCUGCUCCUGGCUGUCCUACCAACCCUGCCGCCUGCCCUAACUGCACGUGCUCUAGGAUUACCGACCAGGGGGAUGUGCUGGCUUGGACAGUGGCAGAGCAGCAGCGCUCGCUGAAUCGGGGCAAUGUGGGGUGGAACGUGCUUGCGCUGGUGGCGUUUAUUGUGGUGUUUCGGGCGGGGGCUUAUCUCGGGUUGCGCUUUAUCAAGUAUAACCGGCGUUAG